GCCUUUAUCUUCUCCGGCGAGCACUUCGAUUCCGGCGGCUGGAAGGACAAGGGCGGGACAAGGCAGCCGACAGUGAAGAUCGGUGAGUUCGCCGAGCUCGAAUUCGAGAGUCAGGCCAUGACAGCCGGACUGUCGGGCUACGUGGUCUUUGGCACAGCAGAUCAUGGCCAGUUGCUCAUCGCAGCUUUCUCCAUCCCGAUCACCACAGCCCCUUGCUUCACCGCCCGCUGUGGACCGGGGCUGCCUCAUGGAGAGGACCUGCUCGGGAGAGUUCCGGAGCUGGCAAAGCCAGGGACUGGGCUGCGCCGGGAGGCGGGCUGCGCAUGGGAGACAAUGGAUCUCCAAGAUGACAGCGUGGUGGUUCGGCUUAUCCUCCUUCCGCCAGAGAACAGUCCUCUUCCAGAGGAGUUGCACAAGCGCCUAGGGAAGGCCCGGUACUGCCGGUCCACGCUUACGGACCAGAGCCUCGACACCGCGCCGCGCAUGACGCUCGUCGACCGAAGGCUCAUCCUGGAAGUGGACAAUCGGAUGGAGGAGAACAUGAUCUUGGAUGGCGAGUUCUUCGAUAGCGGCGGAUGGAAUCAGAAGGAGCACACUUUGAAGUCCAAGGAGGUGACCAGGUUGGAGUUUGCCGGCAACGACAUCUUCCGGGGUAUUUGUGGUCUGGUUUGGUAUGUAAGCGAGAAGAGCUUAGACACCUACUUCAGCCUCGUUUUCGCCAACCCCAUCGCCGGGAAUGCCACCUUCAACGCCUGGGCGGGGCCACCGCCUGCGGAGCUCUUGCAGGAGAUGUGGGCUGCUCCGGCGGUUCCGGAGAAGGGCGUGCAGGUGCCACCUGGCACCGGUUGUGCCUGGAAUGUCUUGGAGCAGGGCAAUGUGAUCCACAUCCGCCUCAUCAUCUUGGCCGAGCUCGUUGCUAUGGAUCCCUCUGCCUACCCACCCACCCCUGAUGUAACGAGCCCGGUUUCUCCUGCCAAGGUGGAGGUAGAGCCGCAACAGGUCCUUUCGGACUCCACGGCCAUCGUUCCCGUCGCCCCCAGCACGGAGGACGAGGAAGCAGCGACGGGCGUGGAGAAGAUCCUGAGCUCGACCCGGCCCCGGGACGUCUUCGAUGGGGUCGGAAGUGGCUUGAAGGUGGCCGGCGCCGCCGUGGUCGCGGGCACUGGCGCCCUGAUCGCUGCGCCGGUGCUUGGGGCCAGGGAGGAGGGCGUGAGCGGCUUUUUCAAGGGUCUUGCCACUGGUGCCUUUGGCGCCAUUGCCGUGACCUUGACGGGUGCCGUGGCCGGUGCCACGCAGAUUGCUCGGGGGGUCUACAACACCCCAGAGGCUCUCCAGAUGAGUCUCCAGGCGAACAAGCGCUGGGAUGCGGAGCAGGGCCUUUGGGUGGAUGACUGCUGCAAUUUGCGGAAGGAAGCCGCUGAGGCUGAGGCCAUGGGGGACGAGAGCUCGGACGACGAGCUGCCGGACGACGGCCGACCAGCUCGCAAGGUGGCGGACACAAGCUUCUAUGACAUUCUGGAGGUCAAGCCCAAUGCGACUGCAGCAGAGAUCAAGAAGAAUUACUACAAGGUAGCCUUGAAACUCCAUCCUGACAAGAACCAGGACGACCCAGAGGCGAGCGUGAAGUUCCAGAAGCUGGCUCAGGCUUACCAGGUCCUUAGCGACCCAAAGCUUCGAGAAAAGUACGAUCAGAACGGCGCCGACGCGAUCCGCGACCAAGCACUUCCGAACAUCGACCCGGGGCUUUUCUUCAGCAUGCUGUUCGGCGCAGAACAGUUCGAGAAGUACAUCGGGAAGCUAUACCUCGCCAUGCAGACGGACCACCUGGCCAAGGAUAUUCAAAAGGAUUUCGAGCGGCAUGCGCAGGGCGGCCAGGAUGGCGUCCCAGGCCGCGACGUGAUCGGCAGCUCCCUCGAGCGUGAGCUGAAAUGGGGCACGGACAAGAAGGGCAACCAAAUCAAGCGCCAGCAGUUCGUGCGGGAGGUGACCUGCGCCACACAGCUGGUGAGUCGUUUAGAGCGUUGGGUCGUGGGCCGGAAUAUGGACGGCUGGACGAAGAGUGUGCUGAAGGAGACAGCUGAACUGUCCCAGGUCUCCUUUGGAGGGCGCCUCUUGAGGACGAUCGGGUGGGUCUACGAGUGCGCCGCCGAUCAAUACCUCACCAGCCUUUGGGGCAACUUCACCGUGGACGGUCACCUUCAAUCCUGGAGGGACUCCGCCCACAACACUUCCAUGAAGCUCACCACCAUGUCCUCCGUGGCCCGAAGUGCAAUGGCUGUAAAGGAGAUGACGGAUGCUGCGGGGGCGGGGAUGUCUGACGAGGACCAGGCCAAACGUGAUGAGGCGGCCAGACAGGCCCUGACCUCAUUCGAAGGCUCUCUCCCC